CAUGAUGGAAUAAACUAAACAUUUCAGAUGAUUCAGAUUUAAUUUGACAUAAAAUCUGCUGAUGGAAAUUAUAUUUUAUUGCUCAGUUUUAAUCUACAGCCUAAGGUUGGGAAAUGUAUCUAACUAUCACUUCAUAUGAAUACAGCAGUGUCUCUUGGACAAGAAGCUGUUGAAAUGGUCUAAAGUUAAUGGAUGAGUUCCUUCUGUUUAUCUACACAGGCAAUUUGGAAAACUCAUUGCAGGAAACAGCUGAGGAACUCUACGAGGUAACUGAUAAAUAUGAUCUUGCCUUGAAAACAAAAUGCUCAUCAUUUUUUAGCUCUAACCUCAGUGUUCAAAAUCUUAGCCGGUUAGAUCUCAUGGAAAAGCAGAAGGAUAAUACCUUUAGAUUCACCUGGAUUAUUGAAAACUUCAGCAUGUGCCAUCAGUCAAAGGGACAAUGUCUUUGUAGCCCGAGUUUUGUGCUGGAUUCUUUACCCGGCGUGAAAUGGCUCAUGCAAAUAUACCCGAAAGGCGAUUCCGCUGAAAAUUAUGUAGCAAUUUAUCUCGUGCGAGAUGAUGAUGUCCCAGAAAACUGCAAUAUAAGAUUUUGCAUUUAUGGAAGGAAGACCAACGCAAAAUCGAUUUUUAGUUCAUACUACUACCUUAAGAAUAUAUUUUCAAGUAAGAGCAGCUGGAAAUUCAGCACUUAUCUACAGGGAAAUUCUUUUUUAAAAUCCUUGAUAAAUGACAUUUUCAUCAUAGAAUGCGUUAUGGAUCCAGUGUACCAAACUGAACAAGAACUGCUUCCUGAACUAUCCUGUGGAAAUGAAUUAUUUGCUGAUGUAGAGCUAUGUGCUGGCGAUGCAACUUACAAAGUACAUAAAGCUAUUUUAUGGGCGAGGUGGCCCAGACUGGCAGAAAAACUCGAUUCAAGCGAAUCUCAUGAACAAAUUUUUGAUAUCGCUCCAAACGUGUUAGAAGCCAUGGUAAAAUACGUUUACACUGGGAAAAUAGAUUGCCUUAGAUCUAAAAUCUUACCAAAACUGUAUGAGGCUGCUGCGAAAUAUGAACUUCCUAUUUUAAAAUGUGUACAUGUUGUGGCACAGAAAGUAAAAACCCAUAUUAAUACAAACAAAAUAACGUUUGAAUGCCCAAUACAAAACACCUCCAGCUUCCCAACUGGUACAUUAUUAUAUAGUCAUGAGUUUUCUGUAGAUGUUCUAAAGUCUUGUAAAUGGAAUUUAACCUGUCAUAUACCAGAACACUCAAAAUAUGCUAGAAACUUUUAUAUUUGUAUUAGGAGUUUAGGUGAUCGGGAGCACAGACCAAUAUUCGUAAGAAGUAGGAUUUGUUUCGAUGUCAGAAAUUCCGAAAAUGAACACUUGUUCCAAACGGAUGAAACUUGGAAAUGUGCAGAAUUCUCGCUACCCGUUUUUCCAGAUUCGAAGGUUAUCCUACUUAAAUGUGAAUUUAGCUUUGCUAAUCAAGACUACUUUUCUAAAACAGCAGAAUCUUCCUUUGCAUUAGUGUCUUCUAUUACUUGUCCUAACUUCAACAGAGAUUUUCGGAAUCUGUAUAAAACUGGAACUUUAUCUGAUGUUAAUAUUAUUGUCGGAUCCAAGACAUUACGCGUUCACAAAAGUAUUCUUUGCGCCCGAUCAUCUGUGUUUGCGAGGAUGCUCAAAACUAAGAUGAGCGAGUCUGUAAGAAACGAGGUUGAAAUUUCAGAUAUCGAAGCGGAUGUAAUGGAUGAAUUUCUUCUGUUCAUAUACACUGGAAAUAUCAAAAACGUGUUGCCUGUAACAGCUGAGCGUCUGUAUGUAGCAGCUGAUAAGUAUGACGUUUCUGCUCUCAAGGAAAUUUGCUCAUCUUUUCUGAAAUCUAAUCUCAGUGUUAACAAUGUGUGCAAAGUUCUCCAGUUAGCCAGUAUACAUUCCGAUGAAGAUUUAUACAAGAGUGUAUUCGAAUUCUCUUCUGCGCAUGCAGAGGAAGUUUUCUCUAGUGAUGAAUGGAAGAAUAUCUCAAAAGAUAACUUUUGGGUAAAACUUUUACUAGAUGUAGUAAUUGAUAAGAAAGCGAAAAAAUAGUUCAUGCAAAAAUUAAUUUCAUUAUAAAUUUUAUAAUUUAAGUUCAUUUAUCAAAAAUGAACUUUUUAUAUACAAUUUAUAAAAUUAUGUAUCUUUGAAUU